ACUUUGACUACAACUGUGCACACGAUCGCACAUGAAAACAGGGUCAGUAUACUUUGGCAGUUACCACAAUACGCCGUUAUAACUGUAGCCGAGAUCCUCAUCAGCGUGAGCGGACUUGAGUUCGCCUACCAAGAGGCCUCCAUUGAAAUGAAGUCCAUCGUACAAGCAAUCUGGUUGCUAACGAAUGCCAUUGGUAACGUCAUUAUAAUGAUAGUCGCCAACGCAGCCUUCACGGAUAACCUUGCGUCGAAAUGUUUAUCUCUCGGCCUUGCAGGCAAUGGUCCGCCACGUGCAGUGACUCGUUUUUAA